AUGCCCUCCCCGUCGUUGUCUCUCACUGCCAGUGCCAGCAACUUGGUAUGUGCCGCCUUUGUCUCAUGGUUGCUUUAUUUACUGGCGGGCGGGAUCUAUCGACUCUACUUUCAUCCUCUUGCCAAGUUCCCAGGACCCAAACUGGCGGCCUUGACUGGUUGGUACGAGUUCUACCAUGAUAUCAUCCACCGGGGCUGUUUCAUCUGGAAACUACAGGAGCUUCACGACCGCUAUGGACCUAUUGUGCGCAUCACGCCAGAUGAACUUCAUAUACGAGACUCGGACUACUACGACGAGCUCUAUGCGCCGGCCUCGAAAAAGCGUGACAAGUAUGAGGGCUGGGUGACCAUGGCCGGUGCUCCAGCCUCAUCCUUCGCCACAGCCUCCCACAGUUUACAUCGUCUGCGACGUUCAGCUUUGAAUCCGUUCUUUUCAAAACGCUCCGUCAAUCAGAUGGAGUCGCUCAUUGUCGCCAACAUCGAGCGUCUGUGCAAACGGUUCGAGGAGGCCAUCAAGACAGCCGAAGUGAUCCGACUUGAUGCUGCCUACAUGGCGCUCACGAUGGACAUCAUCACCCAGGCUGCCUUUGGCGAAACCGACAAUUGUCUGGCCGAACCCGACUUCAAACUGGCUUGGAAGGAAACCGUUAUAGCCGGGUCCGCGAACGGAGUGUUUCUGCGCCAGUUUCCUUGGGCAUUGCCUAUCCUCAAAGCCGUACCACUGUACGUGCUUCAAAUGUUGAACCCGCCCGCCGUUUCCUUGUUGGCCUGGCAGCACAUGGUUCGGGCACAGGUGGACGCAGUCAUCGCCGAAAAUAAAGCAGGUGAAAAGUCGCAUGGGACAAUUUUCCAAGCGUUACUCGACAGUGACUUGCCGCCGGAGGAGAAGAGCGCCGAUCGUCUACAAGACGAGGCCCAGACUCUUGUGGGAGCUGGCUCGGAGACGACAGCGAAGUCAUUGAGUGUAAUCACAUUCUAUCUGCUCGACGACAGAAAGAAGUUGGACAAGCUUCGUGCCGAAUUGAAGUCGGUCAUGCCUACGCCAGACAGCCCGGUUUCUCUGACUGUAUUGGAACAACUGCCAUAUCUGACCGCUGUCAUUAACGAAGGCAUCCGACUCAUGUACGGCGUCACUACGCGGCUACCCCGUGUCUCACCCAACGAGCCAUUGAAGUACAAAGACUGGAUCAUCCCUCCUGGAACACCAGUCAGCGAAUCGAAUUACUUCGUGCACAUGGACCGCGCCAUCUUCCCUAAUCCCGAGCAAUACGAUCCGGACCGCUGGCUCCGAGCGGCCAAAGAAGGCUUCCGGCUCGAUCGGUACCUUGUGUCCUUCUCCAAGGGCAGCCGUAUGUGUGUUGGCAUCAAUCUUGCGUAUGCCGAACUGUAUCUCACCCUCGCCAUAAUCAUGUCUCGAUUCGACAUGGAGAAUUUCGAGACGUCGGCCGAGAACGACAUCAGGAUCGACCGUGACUUGUUCGUCGGCGUGCCCAAGGAGGGAAGCAAGGGCGUGAGGGCGAAGAUUGUUGCAGGGCUCUGA